AUCGGCACGUGCUUUUGUAUUUUGAACUGCAUAUUUCGAUUUAUUAUGGCAUCGGACAAAAUGGAACUGGACGAAGAAAACGAGCCAAAGCCGAAAAAUUUUAAUGAAUUGGAACUAGACGACAGAAUUCUAAAGGCUAUUGCAAAGUUAGGUUGGGCAGAGCCUACAUUGAUACAAGAGAAAGCAAUACCGUUAAUGAUGGAAGGAAAAGAUGUUUUAAUCCGAGCUCGUACGGGAUCUGGAAAAACAGCUGCGUUUGCUGUACCACUUAUUCAAAAAAUUUUGUUGCACAAGCGAGCCCAAAAGAAGCAAGAAAUCAAAAGUCUUAUCAUAGCUCCAAGUAAAGAGUUAUGCAAACAGAUACACGACGUUGUGAUAUGCUUGACAAUAAAAUGUAGCAGAGAAGUGAAGAUCAUUGACGUCAGUCCGCAAAUAGAUCUUAAUGCACAGAAACUGUUACUGGCAGAAAAACCUGAUAUUGUUAUUGGUACUCCAAGUAGAAUAUUGCAGCAUUUAAAAGUGAACAAUAUGAAAUUGAAAAAUUCUCUUGAAACAUUGAUAAUUGAUGAAGCCGAUUUGGUAUUUUCAUUUGGGUAUGAGGAUGAAAUAAAAAGUUUACUGAAUUAUUUGCCUCUGAUAUACCAAGCAGCGUUGGCUUCUGCAACAUUAUCAGAAAAUGUGAUAACUCUUAAAAAGAUGGUACUUCGUAAACCAGCAAUCUUGAAAUUAGAAGAGCCGCCAUUAGCCCCUUUGUCACAAUUGUCACAUUACAGUCUUGCAGCAGAAGAAAAUGAUAAAGCUGCUAUUUUAUAUGCUUUAUUAAAAUUAAAUUUAAUUAGAGGAAAGACUAUUAUAUUUGUAAAUACAGUAGAUAGAUGUUACAAGUUAAAAUUAUUUCUAGAACAAUUUGGUAUACCAACUUGUGUAUUAAAUUCUGAGCUGCCAGCAGUUUCGAGAUGUAGAGCGGUGACACAAUUUAAUUCUGGAACAUAUGAUAUUAUAAUAGCAUCAGAUGAAAAAUCUUUGGAAGAACCUCAUAUAACAAAGAUUAAAAAAGGAAAACGAAAGAAAGACAAAGAGUCCGGUGUAGCUCGUGGCAUUGAUUUUCAAUUUGUGUCCAAUGUAAUUAAUUUCGACUUUCCCCAAGAUGUGAAUUCUUACAUUCACAGAGCCGGGCGUACCGCUCGAGGAAAAAAUCAAGGGACUGCAUUGAGUUUCGUAUCGAUAAGAGAAAGAUCGCUUCUAGAACAAGUGGAAAGCGAAUUGAAAAACUGUUACAAUCACGAUACAUUGUUCAAAACGUACCAAUUCAAACUAGAAGAGGUCGAAGGUUUUCGAUAUCGAGCAAAAGAUGCCUGGAAAGCGGUAACGAGAAUUGCUGUUCGAGAAGCUCGUUUAAAAGAAAUAAAACAAGAGAUACUCAAUUGUAAAAAAUUAAAAAGCUAUUUCGCAGAUAAUCCGAAAGAUUUACAAUCACUGAGACAAGACAAAGCAUUGCAUAUUGUAAAAUUACAACCACAGUUGAAAAAUGUACCAGAAUACAUAGUUCCACCAACUUUGAAAAGACUUGUUGGUAUUAACAGAAAGAGGAAAUUUAAUAGAAAAGCUGCAGCAUCUAAGCCUACUGCUACAAAAUUAAAAUACCAAGCACGUGCAUCAAACCCUUUAAUUAGUUUAAAAAUAAAAAAUUUGAAAUAAAAGUUUUAUAUAUUGGUAAUAAUAUAUUUUUUUUAAACUUAUUUAUUUCAUGAUACUACUCAUUAUAAGUAACAUUUUAUAAGAUCUUAUAUAUUCGAGUUAUAAAAAAUUGUGGAUGAAAAAUUACACGCUAUUCAAGUAAUUAACAUAGAAUAUUGUAAUUGUUAAUUUAUGAUUUUUCUGUAGACUGUUUUGGUUUGUACUUUUUCCUAAUACCAUCAUUGAAUCCUUCUCUAUUUCUGGCAAGUUCAAUGGCAUAAAAUUGUAUUCUAGUUGUGAGUAUACUGUUUUCCUCUGAGUAAUCUCCUUCGCAAUCUGCUCUUAACAAUGUACCAAAACUAUAAUCUUCAACAAGUCCCUUAAAUUGUUCACAGAAUGGUCUCCAUUUCAUUUUCUCUUCAGGUGAUUUUAAUUCAUCUUCGUUUAUUUUAUCUACUUUGAGAUUAGGGAAAACAUCACGAAAGUUUUUAUAUAUUUGUUCAUCAUGAGGUGUAAGUUUCAAAAAUUUAGGAUCAACUGAACAUAAAAUCUAAAAUAGAAAUUUCAAAUUAAAAAUCAAAAACUUUAAAUGUUUUUACUUUUUUUUUUCAUAUAGAAUUAAGUCAAUCGUAUUAA